AUGCCGGGUUUUGCUAAGUACUUGAAGGACUUAAUCACCAAGAAGAAAACCACCAAGAAUGAAGUGGUGAAUGUGACUCACCGGGUUAGCUUCAUCAUUGCAACAACCACCGUUCAAAAGAAAGAAGACCCGAGAGCUUUUACCAUACCAUGCACUAUCAGGUUGCGUAAUUUUGUACGAGCUCUUUAUGAUAAUGGGGCUAGCAUCAACUUAAUUCCUCUUGAUAUUUACAAGCAAGCGGGGUUAGGUAUGCCGAGGUCUACAAGUAUGAGGUUGCAAAUGGCCGACCGUUCAAUACAAAGACCGGUAGGAAUUGUUGAUGAUGUUCUUGUGAAAGUGGGGAAGUUCCUCCUCCCUGCCGACUUUGUUAUCCUUGAUUGUGUUAUUGAUAAAGAAAUCCCUACCAUCUAG